AUGAAGACAGCAUUUUUAAUAGCAGUAACAUCAGCUCGCAGAGUGGUUGAAAUCCAAGCAUUGCUUAGGAAAGAACCGUACUUAAAGGUGUUGCAAGAUAAAGUUGUCUUGAGAUUGCCAGAGAAAUUUCUCCCAAAGGUAGUCUCAAUGUAUCAUGCCAGUAAAGAGGUGGUAUUGCCGGUUUUCUUUCCUAAUCCUGUUACAGAAGAGGAAAAGAAGUGGCAUAAUCUGAAUCUGCACCACGGCAAUUUCAAGAUCCUGGUGUUUUCUGUGAUUCUUUUGAUUCACAUAUUGACCAUCUAUGAAAAUUCCCUUGUCAUAACAUUGGUAACAAUUAGCCAAGAUCUUCAUUCUCCCAUGUUCUUCUUUCUCCAACAACUCUCCUUAUCUGAUCUCCUGCAGUCCAUGCUUAUUGUUCCCAUCCUGCUCAAAACUGUGAUGAAUGAAGGAGCUAAGAUAUCCUUUACUGGUUGUAUUGCACAACUUUAUUUAUUGGGGGUGUCUGAAGCUUUACAGUGUUUCCUUCUAACUGUGAUGUCCUAUGACAGAUAUCUGGCCAUCUGUAAUCCUCUGCGUUAUUGUUCGAUAAUGAACCACAGAUUUUGUGCUAAAUUAAUUGUCUUGUCAUGGCUGCUUUCUAUUUGUUUUAUACCAGUUAGUGUGGUUUCUGCAGCUAUACAAGAGUUCUGCAACAAAAAUACCAUCAACCAUUUCUUCUGUGAUUAUUUUCCUCUUCUUGAACUUUCCUGCUCAGACACCUUCUUGACACAGAUAUUGGCAAUGACUGUAUCUAUCCCUGCGAUUAUGUUUCCUUUCUUGCUAAUCAUUGGAUCUUAUAGCUGUAUUGCCCAUGAAAUCCUAAAAAUAGUGUCCAAUAUAGGGAGACAAAAAGCCUUCUCCACCUGCAGCUCCCACCUGACGGUGGUCUCCAUCUUUUAUGGAACUCUCAUUGGUAUUUAUGUGGUUCCCACAAAAAAUGAAUCACAAACUACUAAAAAAGUUAUUUCCCUUUUAUAUACAGUAGUGACACCUUUUAUUAAUCCAAUUAUUUACAGCUUGAAAAGUGCAGAUAUGAAAAAUGCCCUUAAAAAUAUAACUAAAGUUAUAAAUAAGUAA